AGCAGUACUUCGGCAACUUCACAAAACGAAUAGCCUUGAGAUAUAACAAACAAUUCGUUCAGCCUUGCUGGUGCAUUUCUCUAUUCCCACACUUUUGUAUGUACAUAUAAUAUGGCGCACAGCACCACGAGAAUCGUAGACGACAAGCCAGCUAGCCAGCUAGCUGAAGCAUACGGCAGCAGCUUGCCAUGGGCUGAGCCGAGCUGGUACACCGGCCGUCCAUCGCCAUACUACGAAGACAGCCACCGAAAACUACGCGACUACGUCCGAGCCUGGUGCGACGAAAACAUUUCCCCCUUUAGCGAAGAAUGGGUGCAGUCCGGCGCCGUCGACCCUGCAAUCUACGCCAAAUGCGCAUCCGCCGGCCUCCUCGUCCCCAUCGCCUUUGGCAAAUCCAUUCCAGCACAGUACUCAAAUUAUCCUAUCGCGGCCGGCAUCAAGCCAGAGGACUGGGACGGCUUUCACGACUUCAUCCUAUGGGACGAACUGAUCCGCGCCGGGCCCAUCGCUAGCAUCUUCAUCGGCCUCGUAGUCGGCGCGCCGCCAUUGCAAAAGUUCGCCUCAGGGGCGCUGCAGCAGAAGAUAUUCCCCGAAAUCCUGUCUGGCGAGAAGAGAAUCUGCCUCGCGGUUACCGAGCCCGAUGCCGGCUCCGACGUGCGCAACAUCAAGACCACGGCGGAGAAGACCGCAGACGGGAAACACUACGUGGUGAACGGGAGCAAGAAGUGGAUCACUAACGGCAUGUUCAGCGACUACUUCAUGACGCUUGUGCGCACGGGCGGCGCAGGCGCAGGCGGCCUAUCCAUGCUGCUGAUCCCGCGCAGCGAGGGCCUGCGCACGCGGAAACUCGAGGUUGUGGCGGGCCCGCUGAGCGCAACCACGUACGUGACGUUCGAGGACGUCAAGGUGCCGGCGGAGUACCUGAUUGGUGCCGAGGGCGAGGGGUUCAAGCAGACGAUGGUCAACUUCAACCACGAGCGGCUGUGGAUUGCGUUUCAGGCGAUCCGCGGGUGCAGGGUAGCGCUGGAGGAUGCGUUUAGCUGGGCGAUUAAGCGCGAGGCGUUUGAUAAGACGCUGAUUGAGCAGCCGGUUGUGAGGAAUAAGUUUGGGAAUUGCGGGAGGAUGGUGGAGAGUUUGCAGGCGUGGACCGAGCAGAUUGUCUAUGAGCUGGAGAAUCUGAGUGAUGCGGAUGGCGCGCGUUUGCUGGGUGGGACGACGGCGCUGUUGAAGGUGGAGAGUGGAAUGGUCUGCAAGUACGUCGCAGAGGAGUGUUUAAAGAUUAUGGGCGGACUGGGCUUAACCAAGACAGGUCAGGGAGCGAGGAUUGAGGCCUUCUACCGUGCGGUCCCUAGCUACACAGUACCUGGUGGCUCUGAAGACGUACUGAUCGAUCUUGGGGUAAGAGAAGCGUUGAAGUUGCAUAAACAAGCGCAAAAGCUGAAGGCAAAAAUUUGAUUUGACGGUCACAUCAUUCUCUAAACUACGGGUAUAUGUGC